GGCGCACAGGUACCAUUUUGACCGUAAACAUCCUGCCGAUUUGAACCGAGGAUUUGGGCGGCAGGAAGAGCCGCGGCGUAACGGCAGCCAUCUUGUUUGUUUGAGUGAAUCGGAAAGGAGGCGCCGGCUGUGGCGGCGGCGGGAGCUGCUCCGAAGCUACACCUCGAAGGGUUCCCCCCCUUUCCCCGCCCCCUCCCCCGACCCUUUUCCCCUCCCCGGGCCACCCAGCCCGCCCAACUCCCAGCGGAUAGCAAGGUUUUCUUCUAUUUUCAUAACCAACCAGAACAAUGUUCUACGCACAUUUUGUUCUCAGUAAAAGAGGGCCACUAGCCAAAAUUUGGCUAGCGGCCCAUUGGGAUAAGAAGCUAACCAAAGCCCAUGUGUUUGAGUGUAAUUUAGAGAGCAGCGUGGAGAGUAUCAUCUCACCAAAGGUGAAAAUGGCAUUACGGACAUCAGGACAUCUCUUACUGGGAGUAGUUCGAAUCUAUCACAGGAAAGCCAAAUACCUUCUUGCAGACUGUAAUGAAGCAUUCAUUAAAAUAAAGAUGGCUUUUCGGCCAGGUGUUGUUGACCUGCCUGAGGAAAAUCGGGAAGCAGCGUAUAAUGCCAUUACUUUACCUGAAGAAUUUCAUGACUUUGAUCAGCCACUGCCUGACUUAGAUGACAUCGAUGUGGCCCAGCAAUUCAGCUUGAAUCAGAGUAGAGUGGAAGAGAUAACCAUGAGAGAAGAAGUUGGGAACAUCAGUAUUUUACAAGAAAAUGAUUUCGGUGAUUUUGGAAUGGAUGAUCGUGAGAUAAUGAGAGAAGGCAGUGCUUUUGAGGACGAUGACAUGUUAGUAAGCACUACUGCUUCUAACCUCCUAUUAGAGUCUGAACAGAGCACCAGCAAUCUGAAUGAGAAAAUCAACCAUUUAGAAUAUGAAGACCAAUAUAAGGAUGAUAAUUUUGGAGAAGGAAAUGAUGGUGGAAUAUUAGAUGACAAACUAAUUAGUAAUAAUGAUGGCGGAAUCUUUGAUGAUCCCCCUGCCCUCUCUGAGGCAGGGGUGAUGUUGCCAGAGCAGCCUGCACAUGACGAUAUGGAUGAGGAUGAUAAUGUAUCAAUGGGUGGGCCUGAUAGUCCUGAUUCAGUGGAUCCCGUUGAACCAAUGCCAACCAUGACUGAUCAAACAACACUUGUUCCAAAUGAGGAAGAAGCAUUUGCAUUGGAACCUAUUGAUAUAACUGUUAAAGAAACAAAAGCCAAGAGGAAGAGGAAGCUCAUUGUUGACAGUGUCAAAGAGUUGGACAGCAAGACAAUUAGAGCCCAACUUAGUGAUUAUUCUGAUAUUGUCACUACUUUGGAUCUGGCACCACCCACCAAGAAAUUAAUGCUCUUUACACGCUGUCUUACACCGCUUGUACCAGAAGACCUUAGAAAAAGGAGGAAAGGAGGAGAGGCAGAUAAUUUGGAUGAAUUCCUCAAAGAAUUUGAAAAUCCAGAGGUUCCUAGAGAGGACCAGCAACAGCAGCAUCAGCAGCGUGAAGUUAUUGAUGAGCCUAUUAUGGAAGAGCCAAGCCGCCUCCAGGAGUCAGUGAUGGAGGCCAGCAGAACAAACCUAGAUGAGUCAGCUAUGCCUCCACCGCCACCUCAGGGAGUUAAGCGAAAAGCUGGACAAAUUGACCCAGAGCCAGUGAUGCCUCCUCAGCAGGUAGAGCAGAUGGAAAUACCACCUGUGGAGCUUCCCCCAGAAGAACCUCCAAAUAUCUGUCAGCUAAUACCAGAGUUAGAACUUCUGCCAGAAAAAGAGAAGGAGAAAGAGAAGGAAAAAGAAGAUGAUGAAGAGGAAGAGGAUGAAGAUGCUUCAGGGGGUGAUCAAGAUCAGGAAGAAAGGAGAUGGAACAAAAGGACUCAGCAGAUGCUUCAUGGUCUUCAGCGUGCUCUUGCUAAAACUGGAGCUGAAUCUAUCAGUUUGCUUGAGUUAUGUCGAAGUACGAACAGAAAACAAGCUGCCGCAAAGUUCUACAGCUUCUUGGUUCUUAAAAAGCAGCAAGCUAUUGAGCUGACACAGGAAGAACCGUACAGUGAUAUCAUCGCAACACCUGGACCAAGGUUCCAUAUUAUAUGAAGAGCUAGAAGCAUUACAGCUAGUGUUCGUUUCACUAGUGCUUACAAAUUGCCCCCAUGUGUAGGGGACACAGAAUCCUUUGAGAAAACUUAGAUUUUUGUCUGUACAAAGUCUUUGCCUUUUUCUUUCUUCCUUUUUUUUCCAGUAUAUUAAAUUUGUCAAUUUCAUCUUUGAGGGAAACUAAUUAGAUGGGUUGUGUUUGUGUUCUGAUGGAGAAGACAGCACCCCAGGGACUCAGAAGAUGAUUUUAACAGUUCAGAACAGAUGUGUGCAAUAUUGGUGCAUGUAAUAAUGUUGAAUGGCAGUCAAAAGUCAUGAUUUUUAUCUUCUUCUUCAUUACUGCAUAGAAAAGGAAACCCUGUCUGGGAAAAUGCCUGACAGUUUAAUUUAAAACUAUGGUAUGAGUCUUUGACAAGGAAAAAAAAGCCUUUCCGUCAGUAACACUGGCAGUCUUCCUGUUAACCACUCUCCUUAGGGAUGGUAUGGGAAACAACUAAGGUCACCCUCUUGAGAUUCGUUUUUAAGUGUAAUUCCAUAAUGAACAGAGGUGUUACGUGAAAUUGUGUUGUGACUGAUAACCUUCAGCUACAAAAAGAUAGAGGACUGACUUGGUUUAAAGUGUUCUAUUUUGUAAAUCAUUCCAUUUGAGUCUUUCUGAUGAACUUGGCUAUCCUGAAAUCUGUUACUUUAGUGAGGCUCCAAAGUGAGCACAAAUAGGCCUAAUUAGAGUAGAGCGACUAUGAAAAAAACAUAGCUUUCUAGGAGCUAUAAAUCAGAAUUUUAAAAAGAUGUUUUGGAUAUAUUUGAGUAUUCAGAUCAUGAAAAUAGAAAUUGCCCUGCCUAUUACAAGGACAUACUGAUGGGAAAUUAUACACCUGGUCAGCUUAACCUUUAAGCAGACGAUGCUGUACAAACUAAUGGCUUCUCUGAUAUUUAUUAAAAGUUUUAGUACUUACCUCCUUCUCCAGUGCUGCACACUCCUGUGUUUGGAACUUUAAUAGCUUCGUAACGAAUCCUAUGUCUAGUUUCCUAUAAUUUAAUUGAAAAAAAAUCCAAAUAAAGGUUUUAUUAUUAACAGACCAGAUAGCAUCAGAAAUCAUGUGACUAUUAUUACCAGAAUAUGUCUUGACUUUUUAGGGCAAAAUUAACACUGAAAGUUCUAGCCUAAGUGUUGAAACUUUUGUGGGAAAAAAGUCACUUUUGAAAAUCAGACUUCAGUGUAUACCCAAUAAUUUUAAAUUAUGUGAAAUGUUUUAAAUUUGUGAACUCGUAAUUACUGUUUUAAUGAUUCAGUUUCUUGAGAGUGAUAAUUGUAUAAAAUUGCUAUUGCAGCUUUAUUUUCAAUAUGAUGUGCCUGUAAACCAAGGAGUUUUCCCCGUUUGUAAAAAGACAUUGUAGAUAAUUGAAUGUUUGAUUUUAGAAAGGUCGUUAGUUCUUGUUACACAUUUUGUUAGUCUGGUUUUUGUUGCUUAUCAGGUUUAAUAUUGUUCUUGAAAAUAGUUGAUGCUAUGUUAUGUAUAACUUUUCUAAUAAAAGUUGUGUUAUAAGCUGUA